UCUCGUUUAGUCAGACAGGCGAGCCAUUAUUUUCACAAUUGUCCGCGGUGCUAUAAAUCCGUCCAUCCUUGCACACCCGGUAUCAAUCCGCGAAGCGUCGUCGAACAUGAAGAUUCCAGCACUGCUCGUAACGUGCCUCUACCUUUGGGGCUUCGCGUCCGCCAGCUCGAGCUCACCGCUGCUCGAGAUCGUGCAGGGUAGCGCGUCGGCCACCGCAUCCACCGCUGUGACCGCUAGAUCCGGACUUCGUGCCGGUCAGGUAGCCCUGGCCUCGCAGAAGGAUGCCACACUUCAGGCAGAUGCCUCAGCGGCCGCCGCAGCCGCUGCACGCGCUUCCGCCGACCAGUCGGCCAGUCUAGCCCAAGAGUCGGCGUCUUUGCAGUCCAAAGCUGCCGCCAGAGCAAAAUCAGCCGAGGAGUCAGCGGCAGCUACGGCCAAAGCCGAGUUGCAGGCAGAAUCCACUGCUGCAUCGGCCAGUUCCGCUGCCAGAGAGGCUGCAGCGUCCGCGAAAGCCUCCGCAUCCGCGAUGUCAUCGGCUGCCGUGCAGGCGAAGCUCGCCGAAAAGACGGCCAAGAAUCAAGCUCUGGCUUCCGAAGAAGCCAAACUCAAGGCGGCCGCCGCUGCCAGCGCAGCAGCAGCAGCCAGCGCCGCCGCCGAGAUAGCCCUGAAAGCUGAGAAACUAGCGGAAGAAGCCAUCGCCAAGGCAGCCGCUGCCAAAGCAGCCGCCAGAGCCGCUGCAGCCGCGUUAAACUCCGCGAAGGAAGCCGCCACGAGCAGCGCAAGGAGCGCCGCCGAAGCCGAAGCUAGGAGCGAAGUCGCCCUACUGAUCAGCGAACUCGACAAGAAGAGCAGGGAAAUCUCCGCUUCCACGUCGGCCAAGGCACGCGCUGCUGCCGCGGCUAGCUCCAGAAACGUAGAAACGGCUGUUAUCGGAGCUAACAUCAAUGUAGCCAAAGAGAUCGUGGCGGUUCCCAUCGAGCCAGCGAAAGUUCCGGAGCCAGAGCUGGCGUUGAAAGAAGAGAAUGCCGCGAUCGCGAGCUCAGAGAGUGAUGUGACGGUAGAAACGAGCAGCGAAGCAUGGUCAAUUUAAGGGAUGACUGGAUGCAGUACCAGGGAACGCGUUUCGUUCGAGAAUAAUGUUUGGUCGAUGUAGGAUGUAUUCGAUGUUUUCGGAGGAAAUUCACGUGUCAAUGUUGCCUAUAGUCAGACAGAGAUUGUAAUGAUGAAAAUAAAUUGGUUUAGCAUAUA